ACCUUCCCUUCAGCAUGUCGGCAAAGUCAAAUCAGUUGCCCCGUGGACCAGUGGCAUGAGCAAUCGGAACUGGGCUGUUUGUGUCAGUUGAAUCGUACUCAGACCAGCUGUUGUGCCGAGUGUUGCUGUUCGGCCAACCUGUUUCUGGGCCGGUACGGCAGUUUGGAGGCUCUAGGACAGUUGGCAGUUACUCUGUCCCCUCCGACUUACUAUCCUAAAAUACCGGACACCGUAACUCACGAGUUGAGCCCCGAGAAUUGGCGUCCUCCUCUUUCCACCUUCGCGAGUAUGUGCGCCUACACUUCUGCUACUUCUUGCUCCGCCUCAGCGAGCAUCACCAACUUCUCCUCGCCUCCAACCUUCGUUGAACAGGACAUUGUGAAUUGUCAUAAUAGAAAAGACAAUGAUGUGUUGGCCGUCGUAAAUGGGGAUACUGACUCAGCGGACCGAACUUCAUUAAUACCUGCGCCAGACGAGGUUUUACAGAAAAAAGAACAUAUUGAAAUGGUACGCCAUGAAUUACAAAACGGUUAA